AUGGAUACCCUCGUCACAGAGCCUCUUGAGGAAUACAUCGGGUUUAAUUUGGCUUUGGAAGAUGACGAAGGAGCCGAACCAUCGGUGGAGGACUCAGCUGGAAUCUCGACGGCAGAGCCCCAAGUAUUCAACUCGAAAAUGGAGGUUUUUGAUGAAAAUGAUAGUUAUUUGUCAGCAAACGUAGUUGUUACAGAAUCAGUAGCUGAUUCCUUAAAAUUGGAUGACAACGUUUUGCUUAAAAUUAUGAGUGUCAGUUUAGUGGACUAUGUGAAUGUUGUUUCUCUUGUGCCACAUGAUUUGGAUGAUGAUUCAUUGAGUUUUGAUAACAAAGAGUGUGGAAUUGAGAUGCUGGAUGGAUUUGAGCAACUAGUUGACAGUAAUCCUUAUGAUGAAGUUGUCUACAAUAGUGCUGAUAGUACAUAUGCCAAUUUGAAUAUCUGUGUUAUAUUUUCAAAUGAUUGGAAUAGUCCAUCUGAUUAUGUAAGUGAUAGAUGUCACUUUACUGGAAAUGUUUUUGAAACCGGUGAUCUGAAUGAAUCUAAUUCCAUUCAUAAUUCUGAUGCUAUUUUGGUCAUUGCUAUUUUGGUUGGAAAUGAGUUCAUUUUCACUCUGAUGUAUGAGUCUCCUGUUGUUAAGUAUAUGCUUCUCCCAACCGUUUUUAAGGGUGGUACUGCACUUGUAGUCAAUUUUAUGACUGCAGGGGAAUUGGUGCACUUGAGUUCUGUGUUUAAGGGGAUUGAAAUUAAGUUGUCACCAAGUGGUAAGCUGAGCUAUGUUCCGGUUAUUGACCCUGGUGAUCAAUUAGUGCAGCCUAAAAGUUUCAGUAGAAUAUCCUUUAAAGGAGAACUGCUGGUUAGAGAAUUUUUCACUAAUUCAUUUCAUGAUGAUCCUAGUGGAAGUAGUUUAAAUUUUUUUCAGAAUCAUCUUGUUGACUGCAACAGUGUGUUAGGUGAACUAAUCGAAAGUUUGAAUGAGGAUGCUCUAAUAUUUGAUAUGAUGGUCGAUUCAUGUUCAAUUUUUAAAGAAGAAAUAGGAGAUAAUUCCGUGACUACUGUGGCUGUUGUUGUCUCGCCUGAAUCUUCUACUUAUGUGAUUAAUGUCCUUGAACCUCUUGAUAAAUUUCUGGUUGCAAAAAGUGAUUCGAAAGUCUGGGCUGAAAUCUUUACCUGUUUUAAAGGAGGAACUGGAAAUAUAGUUGGCAGAGUGCUUAACUGUUAUUUGGUGGGGACUAAAAUCAAUAGAGCCUCUUUCUGUGAACCUAAUGAAACUGUUGCAAUUUCUCCCCUUGAGUUUGAUAGCAUGCUUGAUCAUAUUGUUUGUGAUUGUCAUUUUCUGAAUUGGUGGCUUAUAGUUCUAUAUCUCAGUUUUAGCCUUCUGGACAAGGCUAUACUUAGUGAGGGUGGAAUUGUGAAACUUCAGUUGACAGUGAAGGUUCAAGAUAUAUUGGGAUCUAGAAUUAAACAGACCAACAAGGAGCAUGAUUGUUUAUCUAAGUUAGUAGCUGGGUUUAAAAGUGAUGCUGCAAGUAUUUAUUUCCAUGAAUUACUAGGCCAACCAAGUUUUGGGGUUGUACAACUUCGAUUUCAGGGGUUUUUUGCAUGUAUAAAUUGUUCUACAUUGACAAGAAAGAAAAGAUGGUUGAUUUACACUGCUGGAAUUAUCACUUCAGAUGUUGUUGGAAUAGUUGAGUUUGAUAAAGGGUCAUUUCAUGUUGAUCUGGGAGGAUUAGCAUGUCCAAGUGAUGCCAACAUUCCACUUAAGCGUCCAAGUAUUGAAGAAUCCUUUGAUUUCACUGAAGAAAUGGAUACAGCUGAGGUAACCGGUGAUGAAUAUUAUAGCUGUGUUGAUCAAAACCUUGACUAUACUGUUAGUGUUGCUAUUUUGCUGUUUUGUGAUGAAUCAAAUGGUCUGUGGACACUUUGGUACGUUGAUUCUUUCAAAAGGACAUGCUAUGCAUUUACUGCAAACUUUGGUUGGAAAAUUGCUUGGCCAAUUCUGAAGGUUGAAGUCUGUUUGUGCUAUUUGGUUGAGUUUGAUUGUGAAAUUUAUUUUAGAUCUAAGAAUCCGGGAGGUAAAACGAGUUUCAGCCCCGACUCUUCAUUCAGUGAUAGCAAUUCCUCCUUAGAGACUUUGACUUAUGAUUAUGUGCCUGUGGGGGAUCACUGUAUCUUUUUGCCAUAUGAUCCUGCAGGAAUGCCUACAUAUUUAGUUCCAGCUAAGUGGUUUGAUGUUGAAUCUGGCAGAACCGAUGUGUUUGCUAGUGCUGAAAAUCCAAUCAGCACUAAAGGUAAUGAUGCAACGUGGUUUAUUUGCGAUCAAUUGGAUGGAUGUGAUAUUGCAGAUAAAUUGUCUUGUAGGUAUGGAAUUAUCCAUGGUCAUGUUUGGGAUCCAGGAAUAAUGAUCGUAGAAUUGCAGCCUGUUGGAAUGCCAUCUAAAGACAUAAACAGGGAACACAAGUCUUGGUCUCGAGUUACUACUAGUUUUAAUCAUAUUCCUUACUUCUUCAUGAAUAUUGGUAACCAGAUUAGCAUCCAGCUUUAUAAUUAUGCUUCUUUUCAUCGCACUACCAAAGUUAAUGUUGCUGAACCAGUGUCAGGGCAAGAUCAUGAUGGAUCGUAUCUGCUCAAAAAUGGUGGGAGCUGGACAAAACUAGCUCAAACCAUCCUUUGUGAAGCUGGAACAGGAUCAAGUUUUAGUGUAGCAUGGAGCAGUUCAGACUUGCAUCUUGACUGGACUGAAAAGGUGACUACUUCUAGGGGAGGUACAAGUCUUUUUAAAGGAAAGUUUGCAGAAAUGAUAGUAACCAGCGAGACGAACUUCAUUUGGAUGAUUGUGUGGUACCUAGUAGAAGUUGUUUCACUGAAGAUGGCAACCAAUCUUCCAUUGUUAUAUUUCCGUAGUUCUAGUUUCUUUCAUUAG